AUGGCCACCGUGGCUGUUGAUGAUAUUGGGAACAAAUUGGAGAAGAAGAUCGAAAGCCCAUUGAUGGACCAGUCUCCCAAACAACCUCCACUGUCCCCGGCGCAAUAUUCCUCCAGGGCCCUCUCUCUGAGCCCUCGCAAGCAGUAUCCCUCUUCUCCCAGUCGCGAGGCAAGCUCCGCACAACUGCGACGCCGCAUAGGCGAUCUCAACAACAAAUGCGACAGUUUGGAGACCAAGUACUGCGAUCUUCGGGAGCUUGUCGUCAAGGAAGCCGAGCGCAAUUUUGAUCGUCUACAAAAGCAGAGCGAAGAGCGCGCAAGAGUCGCUAGUGCUCUCAUAUCCAGUCUGCAAGCGGACCUUGAAAUACAACGAGGGCUUGCGAGAGAGGGUCGGAUUGAUAAGACCCGCCUGGACCAGUCAGAGGAAAGAGUAGUAGAGUUGAGCGCCUCGCUGGCCGAAGCUCGAAAAGAAAUCAAGAAUCUGUCUGCAAAACUAUCCGCAAGCAGGACGGUUGAUGCAUCGACUGCCAGAGUUCCGGGCGGUGGCACAAAGGGCAAUCACUCUUCAGCUGCACUUGUCGUUGGUCCAGAUGCUGUUCAAGUGGCACAAAUGAAAGAUGACCUUUAUGCUGACUUGACGGGCCUCAUUGUGAGGAACGUCCGACGCGAGCCGAUUGAAGAUGUCUUUGACUGUCUUCAGACUGGAAGGAACGGUACUCUUCAUUUCAAGUUAUGUGUCCAAAACGAGGUCGCCAGCGAAAGCUAUGAGGAAGCACAAUUCACGUACAUGCCUCAACUUGACGAGAGCCGCGAUCGAGAGCUUAUCAAUCUCCUUCCCGAGUUCCUGACGGAUGAGAUUACCUUUCCCCGCCCUCAAGCAGCAAAGUUUUACGCUCGAGUCUCUAAAUCAUUAAUGGAACCUCCCGAGUAG